AUGUCCGUUAACGACCGCGUCAGCUACAUGAGCGCUCCACGACCCCGCGUUGUCUCCAACCGCGUCGAGGCUGGGCCUCGCGGCGCAUCGCCCUUCCCCGACACCAUGGACCCUUUACGGUCCAGCACUGCUAGUCAAAAACACAGAAUGUCCCGGGACCAGAGGAGCAUGUCAGAGAAACGUACUGAGCGCUCUACCAUCACUACCAGAGAGAAAUCAGUGCGGAGAAAUACCAUCAAGGAUUCAUCAAGUGCGGCCAAUCGCGCUGAUCGCGACAAGUCCCGACCCAAAUACCCCAACCAGCCUGAUGGCGCAAAUCUCGGAGGCACAUCACGCGAAAAUGAUGGGGUUGAAACACCCUGGGAUCCCCGAGUCUCGUUGAUUCCUCACUCCACUGCGCCUCUCGCCUGCCGUGUGUCUGUUCCUCCUUCAGCUGCGACGGUUCCCCAGUCACUCUACCCCCAGCCAUUCCGAGACCUUUCCCCAGAUGCCCAAGAGACCGCUGUCCUGGAGGAUCUAUUGUUUGUGUUCAUGGGAUUUGAGGGCCAAUACAUUCACUACCAUAGCUCCUAUGACCCAACGGUCGAAAAGGACCGGCUGACUGGCCCCGGUUUUCAAUUGGCGCCAGGCUUAGAUCCUACUCUGCGGGAUCUUACACAGUCAAUGUUGAAGAUGGCUACCCAUUAUAGUGCCAUGGAGGCUUUUGUGGAGCUCCAGAGUCGGGCGGAGUAUGGCGCAGUCAGCCAUGCGCUCUGCGCAUCAAUUCGCAAGAUUCUCAAAGACUAUUUGAUUCUCAUUGCCCAGUUAGAAGGCCAGCUGUUGAACAACCCCACCUUUACCCUUCACCAACUUCAUCUCCACACUAUGUCGACCAGCCAGUGCCUUGCGCAGCUAUACUCUCUCGGGCAGGAACUCCUUCGCCGCAAUGGCGUUUUGGAAGACCAAGAUAUGGACGAGACAAUAGAUGAUUUCGAUGACGUCGACAAUAUCUUGGAGCAACUAAGAGAAGGCGGUGAUUUAGUCCCUGGCGCAAUGGCAAGUAAAAAGAUUUGCAAGGGUGGAAAUGUCCUUCGGCUCCUCACUGAGCGUUUGAACACAUUUGCAGGCGACCCAACGACCAAGAUCUUGGUUCAGGGAUUGCUGCGGGAUGCGAGUCGACCCUACAUGAACAUGUUGAAUGAAUGGCUACAUCAUGGAGGUAUUCGAGACCCACAUGGAGAGUUCCUGAUCAAGGAACAAAAGUGGAUCAAACGAGAGAAGCUUGAAGAAGACUAUACAGAUGAGUACUGGGAGAAACGCUAUACGAUACGCAAUGAUGAGAUUCCCCCGCAGCUUGAUAGUGUCCGAGACAAGGUACUACUUGCGGGAAAGUAUCUCAAUGUGGUCCGUGAAUGUGGUGGUGUCGAUAUCAGCAAAGCCGUCAAAGAUGUGCCAAAGACACUAGAUGAUCCACGAUUUUUGGAUAAUGUCAAUGGUGCAUACACCUACGCAAAUGCCUCUUUGCUCAACCUACUCUUGACUAAGAACUCUCUGACAACCCGUUUCCGUUCUUUGAAGCACUAUUUCUUCCUGGAUCGUUCUGAUUUCUUUUCUUACUUCCUUGAGCUUAGUGCAUCCGAGUUGCGCAAACCCGCUCGGGUUGUCAACGAGGGCAAACUCCAAUCACUCCUUGAUCUUGUGCUCCGUCAACCAGGCAGUAUCGCCGCCAAUGACCCGUUCAAGGAAGAUGUUAAGGUUCGAAUGAAUAAGAUCGGGCUCACCAAGUGGUUAAUGCAAGUGGUUAGUGUGUCUGGUAUCGAUCAAGACCAUCCGGAGGCGGCGAUUGAGAAACAGCAAGCCUCUGCAGCCCAAGCCGCAGAUGAUGAGAAAGAUAUUGUGGGAUUUGAUGCGCUGGAGCUGGACUACACAGUGCCAUUUCCUCUUUCGCUCGUCAUCAGUCGCAAAACUGUGCUGCGAUACCAACUCAUCUUCCGACAUCUUCUGUCCCUGCGCCAUCUAGAAACACUGUUGGUCACCUCAUGGGCAGACCAGAACAAGAUGACGAGCUGGCGGCACAAGUCAUCCGACCGACGACUGGAGAUGUGGAAGCGACGUGCGUGGAAUCUCCGGGCAAAGAUGCUCGUGUUUGUACAACAAUUGUUGUAUUUCUGUACCUCUGAAGUUAUAGAACCCAACUGGGUAGGAUUAAUGGACCGGGUCAAUGGAGCCGACGCCGAGGGGUCGGAGGUGACGGUGAACGGCACCAAGCAGGUCAAUCGCACAGUUGAUGAGCUCAUGCAAGACCAUGUUGAUUUCUUGGACACAUGUCUCAAGGAGUGUAUGCUUACUCAGGCGAAGCUGUUGAAGAUUCAUUCUAAAUUGAUGACUUGUUGUACUAUGUUCGCGUCCUGGACGGCUGCCUCCCUCUCACGGGCUCUAGCUUCUGCUGAUCCAGAUUUAUCUGGGGAGAUGGCCACCGGAGCUGAAGCUAGACCUUAUGACCCCACUCGAAUUGCCAAGCUCGAGGACACCUUAAAACGAUAUGAAGAUCAUUUCAACCGCCACCUCCGUAUUCUGAUGGACAGUUUGAAUUACUUUGCGGCGACUGAGAGUGUUGUUCUCCUGAAACUCGCACAUUCACUCAGCUCGAUCAGCAAAGAAGAUUGA